AUGUAUUCCAUCGAACUCCUCCCAAAUUCCUCGAGCCACGCAACUCCGGGAUGGACCUACGUUCCAGACAGACGCGACAGGGGCUUCGACCCAGCCAAGGCAGCCAUCACGCCCGCCGUGGGUAGAAAGCGAGGAAUUCGCGACCCAGGACGCGCCGACCUUUCCUCGCGACAGAACAACGCCAUCGUGCGUCAUCUGGCUGAGCUGGACCGGGAAAAUCACAAGGAUGUCAGCAUUCCCAUCCCGGUGAAGCAGCAGAAGGAUGCCAGCGGCCGAGGAACAAGAGGCAAGGUAACAUCGAACGUGCGCCGAAUCCUCCAAUCUCAAAAAACAUUCCGCAACCACCUCGACGACGAAGAAGCUGCUCAGGCUCAGGCCGCGCAAACCGCCACCCAGCGUCCCGCCCCGGCGCAAGUAUCCCGACUCACAAAACCCUCUUCCUCCAGACGGAGCUCCACGCCUGCCACAGCCUCAAAGCCUGAGCCAUCAUCGUCCCGACAAAAGAAACACACCACCCCAGCAACACCCAGCGCGGUCCCAACAGCCUCCACAACAGCCUCCACAGAUGGCGACGGCGACAAACCAGACUCCGACCCCAGCCCCAACCCCGCAAAACUCAUAACAUCCGAACACGACAACGACCCCCUCCUCCGCUCAUACAUCCCUUCAGCCCCUCCGACCGCAUCAUGCAAGCCCUCCUCGCCGAACCACCUCUUUCCUACCACGCCGCCCGCGCCGGCCCACCCCUGA